GGGAGUACUACUACUGGGCCUACUGGGCCUUACACUGUUUCCGCCCCCGAAAUAUUGUACUCAGGAAAUUGGGCGCGGCAUCGACCCGGCCAUGGAGAGCCGCACGAACGGACUCGCCGUACACCGGCCGACGCAUAGCGCGCAGGUGGGCGGUUCGUAUCCGUCCAUGGGAUCGUCGAUGACCCUCGUCAACGGCAAUACACAGGAUGGAUUGAAUCGCGCAGUUCAUGAGGAAACUGAGCUUGACAAGCUGGUCGAGCGUCUCGGAAUAGAAAUGCGGAUCAUGGAGGGUGCGGAGAACAUGCUUCAAACUGGGAGGUACGAGUUGUUGAAGGGAAAUAUGCGCGGAGCUGUAGAGGCGGAAUACGACGAAAGUCGGAAGCGAGUAGCCGAAAUCAAGGCGAAGAUAGACAAAUUAACCAGACCAGCAGCUCGGGGAAAACCCGAGUCCGGAAGCCACCAGCAACAAGGUCCUACCCAGCCUACCCAGUCACGGCCCAAGGAGGAGAAUACGAAAGAGCGAGAGGACUUCAGAACCGCUUUGAAUCAAACCAAAUCGUGGUUGAAGGUGCUCACGACAUGGGAUCGCCAACCGCAGUCCCCUACUGCAUUUGCUGCGUCGUCGUCAUCGCGCCAAGCCCCAGUCAAAACGGAGGACCCACAAACGGACGGAACGCGAAUUAGCUACAUGAACAAGCUUACUGCGAUCCUACAAAGGAACCUCCGUGUGCGAUAUGAGCUGGACAUCGCUGAGGUUGUCCGUGCCAUCACUCCUUGUCUCGCGGACUCUGCCUCCAAGGAAUGCCGUUCAUGUGCUUACAGACUCGUGCGACAUGCCCUCGUCGAUCGCGGGUCUAUUGAGCGUCUUCAAGACCGGCCCCUUGACUGGUAUAUAGUCAAGUCACUAGCGCGGGAUGGCAAGCACGCCGUGGAGAAAGAGCAGGUUGUCAAGCUCAUUCGGACCAUCGUGGAGAUUGGCUCGGACCGCGACGUCGGACAUUCCGGUUCUGGCAAAGGAAACGUACCGCUCUCAGACUCCGUGAUGCGUGCCUUCAUCGCAGUCGCAGAACAACCCGAAGAUCCUUUCAGACCGAUAUGUCUUGAGACUUUGCUCGAGAUCCUCUUGAUUGAUAUCGACCUGAUGGCGAGGACGGGUGGGUUAUUACUCCUCUUGCAUGCCAUGGCCGAAGGUCCUCCGGAUAUAUCUCCCCUGCUUGCGUCGGCUUUCCUGAACAUCGUGAACUCGCCACGUACAAGGAAAUAUCUUUUCCCCGGCACAGACCUCGAGAUCGCUCUGCAAGGUAUCACGGACGCGUACGGUAAAGGUCCGGAUUACUCGGAACAAAUGCGAAGACACUCAAAGGUCGUUGCCAUGAUGUUCCGGACCUGGAGCGGCCUCAUGUAUUUUUGUAUGAAUAACAUGCUGGCUAUCCGGGCAAUUGUUAACACUCUGCGGAUACCUUCCUUGGAGACACGGGAAAUUGUAUUGGAUAUGUUCUUCGAUCUUCUGGAUAUCAAAGCCCACGGUUGGACGCAGCAGUUUAUCGACGGUCGGCGAUUGACAAUAUAUCGAAGGCAGCACAAGAAUGAUUCCGAGGCGACGGAUUCUGCUGAACGCGAACCAGAAGCUCUCAAACUGACCGACCAGUAUAUUGCACUGUUUGUUCUGGUUUUUACGAAAGCGGGCCUUCUGGACGCUCUGACGUCAAUGUUAGAGGAAACGCCAGCCGGUUCAAACCUAACAAGGAAAGCUACGUUACUCAUGGCGGAGGUUCUGCAGCUGGCGAAUCGACUAUUACCCCUCUCCAUGGCAGCGGAGAUUCAGUCUGUCCCUCGAGUCUUCAACCUGGCUUCGGAUUACCACUUGAAUGAGCAUCGGAUAAUCGGCACGUCAACACUCAAUGCUAUCGACAGCUUCAAUCGUAAUACUUCCAGGAUACAGCCGACUGCCGUCAAAAACACUACGCGACCCAGAGCAAACUCGGUGGAGGAUGCUGUUCGUCGAGGACAGCGAUCUGUGGAGCAGUCUAAGAUCAAAUCUGGAAUGCAAAUUGACGAUCGAACUUUCUCUCAGGCUCUGCUAGAAACUGGGGUCACGCUCACCAAAGACUACACGAAGUGGAAUUUCGACGUCCUGCAAGAUCUUAUCGAAGGCGCCUUCCUCAACCCUAAACGUUUGGAAGAGGCUAUCAAGGUUUCGAAAUACAUGCGACGAUUGAUGUCGUUCUUCCAUCCCUUCAGCCAUCGAUUCUCCGAUAUUCCACGAAAGGAUAAUCGCUGGGUGAAGCUGGGCUGCAGUCUUUUGACUACUUUGAUGGCAAGUCCGGAUGGACAGCGCUUCCUUUCGACGGAGGACCCCUUCCUUCGAGAUAUUGUCAAAGCAUUCGCCCAGCUGGAUCCCUUCAAUGGAACCCCAGAGAUCGAUCCGAUCUUCUCAAAGACAAGAGUUCAGACCACCCUGACAUAUGGAUACUUCGAAAUGCUGGGAACCUUGAGCAAACAAAAAGAAGGCAUUGAGUUGUUGGAAAAGUUCAAGGUCUUCACUGCUUUCUACCAUUUGCUGGAUCUGCGGAGUCGUGAAGACUUGAUAAAAGGAAUUAUCGACAAUUUGGACUAUUCCUUUGAUGGUCAUUCCCGCAUAGUCCUGUCAAAGGCGUUAACAUCAAGCUACAAGCCUAUACGCUUAUACGCAACUGAGCACCUCGGCGAACUGAUCAGGAAAAGCAAGCCGAAUACAUGGACGUUACGCUUGCUAUUGACGCAAUUGUACGAUCCCGCUAUGGAAGUGUGCGACAUGGCGGUCCGCUUCCUAGACGAGGCCUGCGAAGAUCUGGAAUGCCUGCGGUUAGUGGUGGACAUGCAGCCGAACCUGGAUCACCUCGGCGAGCUGGGACAUCCGCUGCUCUUGAAGUUCAUGUCCACGCCCGUAGGCUUCAGAUAUCUUCACGAUGCUGGAUAUAUUGACCGCGAGAUGGAUAUCUGGUUCCACGAGCGUAAUCUACAUUACGCCGUACAAGUGGAAGUCAUCUUAGCCAAAUUUUUCAAGUUAUGUCCUUCGGAGGAGGAUGAGGAUUUGCUCGCAUUCGACGGGUUUUCUCCUCCGCACUUCUACGGCGAAAUGGUGAAGACAGACUUGGGUUGUCAGGUUUUACAGGAGAAAGGGCAUUUCAAUGACUUCGUUGAUUUCAUUCGUCAACAAGCGUCGGAGAAUGCUGACCCGGAUGUGAUUUUGAAGUUGAAGAGUACCCUGUGGGCUGUCGGCCAUAUCGGUGCUACGGAAGGCGGCUUACCUUUCCUGGAGGAAACGGACAUCAUUCCGGUAAUUUUGGAGAUAGCAGAACAAUCAUUGACGCUUUCGGUCCGCGGCACAUGUUUCUACGUCUUGGGCCUCAUAUCUUCGACUCCUUUGGGAGCGGAAAUCCUGACAGAUUAUCAGUGGGAGGCAACUCUGUCACCAUUGGGUAUUCCAACAGGUAUUUGUGUACCCAUGGACGUUCGGAAAUUUGCCUCCAUUCCGCCCUGGGCGCCUGCUGAGGUGCCGAAAGAAACGCGUUUGGCUCCUCCCGCGACGGAGGCGGAACAGGAGGUGAUAGCUGCCAUUCACAACCUCGCGAACGCUGUCGUCGCAAACGCCGCAUCUCGCACAUUGGCGAAGAUGAAAGCACGCCCUGAACACCGGCAUAUAUUCUCUUCACCCACAAUGAUAUACCGGGCCUUUCAUAUUCUGUCUACUCAGCAUUACCGCCUGCCUGUCCGAAGAUACAUCAUGGAUCUCUUCGAGUUCAAACUCGACGCCGACAUGGUCAAGUCGCUGCAAGAGGCUGCGGAAUCCGUCAGACUGCAACCUUCUCCCAAGGAUGCUAAUGGAAAAACUUCUCAAAGAGUCAUGAGCAUUUUUGGCCGCCCCCGACCAGCUCACAGGGUUGAAGAAAGUGAUGAAGAAGAUGAGAGCGACGAAGAGAACAAAACGGCCAACGUCAUUCGCGACCGGCCGGUGAUGAGCUUGCGGCCAGUGAGUAGGAUAGUAGGCUUUGACCACUAA